AUAUCCUCCGGGCUUCCAGUUCCAGAAGAACGAUGCCUGGUAUCCUCGUGCUCGUGCUGUGGGAGGCUCUACGAUCCACAAUGCAAUGAUCAAUAUCAUCGCGGAAACUGAAACAGAUUUUGAUAAUCUUGCUGCCACUUUCAAUGAUUCGACGUGGUCUCGGGACAAUAUGCAAAAUUACUUCAAACGUAUUGAGCAUAAUCUCUACACUUUGGGGCUUGAUCCGCUGAACCAUGGGUACAAUGGGUGGUUGUCCACGAGCUUGAAUCCAGAUUUAACAGUGCUGAAUCCCAUGUUUCUCGAUGCGCAAACCGUGGCAUUCUUUGCGACAUUGACCGCCGCGGGCUUACCCCCCAUCCUUGAUCUUAACGAUCUGGCAUCCGACCAGGCUAUCGGAGGCACCAUGCCCAGCUUUACAAUUGACGCCGACCAUACGCGGUCCAGUGUUCGAGAUAGACUGAUUAAUGUGAACCAGUCAACCUCUUCUCUUCAGUUUACUUUGGACACACUGGCCACGAAGAUAUUGUUGUGUAACAGCGGCAACGGCUCCCCCACAGCUUACGGUGUAGAAAUCGCACCAGGAGCGGCGUUACCCGUAGCCAGUAAUUUCCAGGGCAAGGCGAUCGUGCCGACACAGAAUAUUACUGUCAAACAUGAAGUAAUUAUUUCUGCCGGCGUAUUCCAGAGCCCUCAAUUGCUAAUGUUAUCCGGAAUCGGAAAUGCCUCGCAACUUCAAGAUUUUGGCAUUAUACCUGUCGUAGACCUUCCGGGUGUUGGCACCAACUUGCAAGACCACGAUGAAAUUUCCGUUAUAUGGCGCAUGAAACAAAAUUUCUCGCUUCUUGAUGGAUGUGUGUUGCAACCUGACCCAGGAGAAGACCCAUGUCUGGAAUUCUGGGAAGACGAUAGCCGUCUCAAUGCAUAUUCAUUUGGAGGUGCCGUCGAAGCUAUCAUAUCCCAAUCGACAGACAGCUCGGAACCCGACAUUAUGACUUACUGGGAGCCUGCAUACUUUCCAGGUUUUGUCAGAGGUUUUCCAGAAGAGUUUAUUGACAAUAAAAACGCGGUGACUGCGGUACACUUGAAGGCUCACCCGUCCACAAGAGGGACCGUACAGCUGACCGGUUCUCAUCCACAAGACUUGUUGAACAUACAGAAACUUCACUUUCAAGCAGAAAAUGGCCCAAAGGAUAUCGCAGACCUCCGCGAAGCAAUCAAACGUUCGAGAGCCGUGAUGCAGUCUUUGACCAUUCUGUCUUUUGUUGACGAAGAAAUUUUUCCCGGGCCUCAAGCUCAAACGGAUGAUGAGAUAGACGCUCACAUUUACGAAAAUAUCUUUGGUCAUCAUGCCUGCUGUACCAAUGCCAUCGGAGCGGAUAGCGAUCCUUUUGCGGUGCUCGAUGGAGACUUCAAAGUGAGAGGCGUAAAUAAUCUUCGGGUGGUCGACGCUAGCUCGUGGCCGAAUGUACCCGGCUGGUUCAUCUGCACACUCACAUAUAUGAUGUCAGAAAAAGCAGCGGAUGUCAUUAUUGCUGGAGCGCAGGAUGAACCUCAAUGAAAGUACUGCAUCCCCUUCCCUAAGACCUUGUUUUCUGCGUGUCUUCCACUGUCCCAUACGUAUGUACAAGAUUUGUACCAGAUUGUCUAGGAUAUGUACAUCAGCCCUGUAUCUUCACGGGCUUUGUUCUUCCCAGAUCUAAACCCAUGUAGAGAGCAUACAGAGAUGUCCUGCCAUGGUGCAUAGGUCCUCG